CACUCGACUGCUGGGUCGAGCCCGCAGCUUUCUCAGUUUUUCCCCCGACACUUUCCAGCCAUGAAGCUGAUCAGCGACGCGUACCACGAGAAUUGCGGGGACGGACGGCUGAGCGCGGACGGCCUGAGGGAGCUGCUGCUGUCGCUCUGCGACCACUCCCUCGGGGAAUGGGAGCCCAGUGACGUGGACAAUAUCCUGGCGGACUUCGGGCCCAAGAGUUCCAUCGACUUCGAUGAGUUCCUGAGCUGGGUAUACCAGGACUCGGCGAUGCUUUCGCCGCGUCUGGAUUGCCGAGAGCAGCGACACCUCACCAUCAACUUUGACGUGAACAAGACCAUAGUGAUGCGAGACAAGACUGCCAACAAGUCUGUGGAGGUGGUCAUCAACGAGGUGCUGGCAGAGACCUGCUGGGGCAGCGUCCAGGAUGACGUGUGGAACCUCUCGGUUACCAAGCCUACUUCCCUGCGCCCGGACGACUCCUUGGUGAGCUAUGCCGAGUGCCUGGAGUCCCAGAUGCCAGGGGCCGCCAAGCGUAAAGAGCGCCAGGCAUUGAAAGGUGCCUUCACCUCUUUUGGCUUUCCGGGCGAGAGAAUGGCACAUCAUCACGCGAACUUGUGCAAGCAGCUGGUCUACCCAGACGGGUCUCCGGUGCAGGUGGUCCACGCCUUUUUCCGGCUUCUGGUGGAACUGAAGCGCUCCAAGCGGUCCUUCAGCCUUAUCUUCCGGAGCUUUGGCGAGGACUUGGAGCUGGUGGCCCGUGAGUUGAACUCCUUCUGCCAGGGGAACCACCCGCUCUUCCCAGGUUUUCGCAUGGACGGCAGCGACGGAGAGCCCGACUAUCGCUUCGACAUGAGCGACCCGGAGCGCUUUGGGAACUUCCACGUGGACGAAGGUGAGGAGCUGAAUCUGGUCCUGGGCACCAUCGAGCAGCCCGGAGAGGGCCGCUUUAAGGAUGCGACAGACCGGAGCCUCGCCUUCUACGAGCACAACGACCUCCCUGUGAAGCGCAUCGUCCGUGGCACGUCCGCGGUGGUGGACUUCUUGUGGAACCUCUCGUCCCAACGGGUGACCGCAGGCUUUCGUGACAACUUCCUUUUCUGGAAGCGGAAGGGCCACACCCAGGAAGGCGGCAAGUUCUUCCUCUACGACGCCUCCCGGGGCACAGAUCGCCACGAGAUCUUCUUCGACGACAACGUGCACUUCGACGACUUGAAGAUCAUCCGGCCCUUCAACAGGCUGAGACAACGUCGGUCCUGGUGGGGCCUACCACUGCUGCACACGAAUGUGUGUCGGGCAGAUGCCUUGACUGCUAUCAACGACGACCUCUACUUUGUUGGAGAAGUUCGAAGGCUCGAGGAAAACUAUCAGACCAAGUUGGCGGCAAUGCAGCGUUGCAGUACCUGUUUGCGACGCCUUCCUUUGAAGAACUCGAGCCUCUGCCUGCCCAAGCCUGAGGAGCAUUACGACGCUUGGGAAGGCUUGAGGAAGGACGAGCGGGUGCUGCCGGCCACUUCAGAGGCGGACGUGGACUUCUUCUCUCCUUGCCACGGGCCCCGUGUGGGAUGAGCGAUCCGAGUCCGCAGUUUUGGGCUACAAAGGUGUCCUUUUCAUCGGCUGGUUCGGGUA